AGAUUGACUAACAAUUAGAGAUAUUUUUUAUUUCGUGCGGAUGAUUAAACUAUAGUAAUUGGUUAGCUAUUUUCAUAUGUAACAUCCAAGAACGAACAGAAAUUAGUUUUAGUUUAAUUAACAUUCCAACGACAAGUUAUUAUGUACUCUACGAACAGUGAAUUGAUAGAGGAUCUUGAUGCUGUGAAGAGAAAUCUAUUCUCAUUUCUGAAGGGGGAGACUGAUUUGGAGCGUGAACUGGAAAACUUCGGAAGUCUCCUAUGGCCUGCGUACUGUUCGUUAGUUGAGAAAGAACACCUGGAGACGAACUCGACCAGGUUCUACUUGGUGUAUGGAUACGCCUGUCUAGUGACUAACAAGGCAGUUCUGUCCUUCAGCAUCACAGACAUAGACAGUGCUGUGCAUUACGUGAACCAGACCAGAGCUAGUGCGUACAAGUCAACAGCUGGAUGGUGGAAGAACCCGUUUUCGUGGAGCUGCCGCUACAGUCUGAUUGAACUGCAUGCUCAAAUGGUGUGUGCCGAGUGCGAUUUCCUAAUUGGACUUCUCUCAAUUCUCAAAUCAGUUAUUCUUCUACACAAGCGGCAGGACCAAGUAGAAAUUGAGAGCAGCGAACUAAUGCGCGAAAUAUUUCCGGUAUACCCAUUGCUUCGAAAAAAGACGCCGACGGUUGCACACUUUUACGGCGCUGAGUGUAUGUACACUCUUCUGGAACCGAACUCUCUGAGUUUUUCAGCUGGAGUAUCUCUGUUAAUUACACAUUUUGCCCGGCUCGCCCGCGCUGGGCUGAGUUUCAUGAGCGCUCAUAAAUCUUUCGAGAAAUUGAUGAAAAUCGUGUCCGAGACCAUCGUGACGGACUGUGUUCAAUCUCAUUCCAAUUUGUUGGACGAUAGAUUGUUUUGCGAAUUGAAAUCUGGAGUUUACGUUGUCAUGGGGGCUAUGAAACUUUUUUCAGCCGUAUUGCCUGCCAAAGUGCUUUCGUUGUUGAGUAUAAUGCAUAAAAUAGAUGCUGACAAGACGGAGGGAAUCGAACUGUUAAGACAAGCUCAAAGUCUUCCAGCGAUGAGAAGUGUGCUCGCAACUAAUUGCAUCCUAGCUUAUAAUUUGACGUUUUUACAAUUUGUUGGACCUGUCUCAGAGUUCGAUAAAGGUAGUUGUCGUUUGGCUCUAAAAUCUUUGGCCGAGGAACUGGGACAAACUAGUUUCUUGUAUGAGUUUUACCGUUUUAGACAGCAGUAUUUGCUGCAAGAUCCCAGCCAAUAUCAAUGCCUUAUGUUUAAUUUUGACCGCUAUCCUAGUUUGUUACAAGUGAGAAUGAUUUUUAUCUAUGAAUCAAUGUGGUACCAUGCUACAGUUUUGAAUUGGCAAUCGGCUGCGAUGUGUGCGGGACAAUUGGCCUGCGCGACUCAAUGGUCUCGAGCCUAUUUCAUCUACCUCUAUGUCUUAUUCAGACUCCAAAUGUGCCAUGAAAGUGGAGCUAGUGAAGAAAGAAAACGGCAUGAAUACAAACUUCUGCUGGGGAAGUUUCUCAAUAUUAAGAAGUUCAAUGUUUGUGAAUCGCAAAUAAAGUCUAUAGCCGUCGAUCGACUGGCAAUGAAACGUGCGAAAAUGUUGACAAAUUUAGGCGCCGAAAGUUCCGUUGUAUAUUUAAUUGAAGCCAUGUUUUGGCACGACGAGUUGCGAUCAAUAUAUCAAGAAGACUUUUUCUGUUAUCUCGAAAAAGUUGUGAUAUAUAAAAAGCAAAGUUUAUCAGAUGACGAUUUGGAGAAACAUCUUAACAGCGAGAUUUUCUUUCACCGAAAGCUCGCUGUCGUGUUGGUAUGUGCCUUUAUUUUGCCGAGUAAAAGAGGACAUUUUAAAUUAGAAGACAUCAGAUCAAAUAUAGUACUUGAAAAUUGUUUUAGAUGGUUGCUGUUUUUCUGUGAUAAUUCACAAUUUGAAGAUUGUGACAUUCAAAUUUUAUCUUUAUUUUUGCUACUCAGAAUAAGUGUAAUCGUUCUUUUAACUGAGAAGCAUUGGAAACGGGAUUUGAAACAUCGGGCCAGAAAUUAUCUUAAAAUCGGGACAGAAUGGAUGAAUGAAAGUGAACUCAAAGCUGUGAUGCGAUUAAAACUGGGUGAGUUUAAAAAGUCUGUGGAAUUUUUGCAAUCUACGUCUGUGUAUGCAGGCCGCGUGCACUUUUUCGUCAGAAAUUUAGCAGGGCUGAUUGAUACUCCUUUGGAAAUGGAUUGUGAAGCGUGGAGUGAAGAAUCCAUACCUUGCAUCUGAUAAACAUUUUGGCACCCAUCUUGAUGUCAAGGAAUGACUCAAACUCCGAAAUCAAGUAGACAUAUCCAUAGUUUUUAAGAGUAAUGAACGUAGUGAGUACUCUUAUAUAGGUCUUGCUGAUUUUUUUCAGGAAGUCUUAAAAUUUAAUCAAGCUCAA